AACAAACCACAAUCUAAGCAUUCGAGACCUAUACGGUCGGACUCAAGGCCCCCGGACUUGGACAUCAUGGCAAAAUCAAAACCCACCGAAACCGACAAUGUCAGCACAACGUCAUGGACAACAAGAUUAUUCUCCAACACCCAACUGAUCUUUUCGAUCUCCAUUCUCUUGCGCGCUGUCCUCCUCCUCUGGGGCGAAUACCAAGACGCCCAUUCACCUCUGAAAUAUACCGAUAUAGACUAUCUAGUCUUCACCGAUGCCUCUCGCUAUGUCUACCAUAACCAAUCACCCUACCUCCGCGACACUUACCGUUAUACACCCCUCCUAGCCUGGCUUCUAUACCCCACAGCAUGGGGAAACCGCUGGUUCUGUUUCGGAAAAGCCGUUUUCGCUGCCGGUGAUAUAGUAACCGGAUACCUGAUUUUCGACUUGUUGAAAAAGCAAGGCAUGGAAAAGGCAAAGGCGAUGGGGUUUUCGUGUAUUUGGUUGUUGAAUCCUAUGGUUGCUAAUAUCAGCACUAGAGGGAGUUCGGAGGGGUUGGUGGCUGUUGUUGUGGUUGCUAUGUUGUGGGCGGCGAGGUGUGGGUGGGUUAGAUUGGCUGGGUGUUUGCUUGGAUUGGGUGUGCAUUUUAAGAUUUAUCCUUUCAUUUAUGCGGUUAGUCUGUUUUGGUGGAUGGAUAGGAGACAAGCUGGUUCGUGGGAUGGCAGGGGUGGGUGGUUGGGUGGGUUGAUCAACAGGAAGAGAGUGCAGUUGGCUAUGUUCAGCUUUGUCACUUUCAUGGGGUUGAAUCUGCUUAUGGUUAAGCUGUAUGGUCCUGAGUUCAUUCGACACAGCUAUUCGUAUCAUCUCACUCGCAUCGAUCACCGCCACAACUUCUCGGUUUACAACACUCUACUCCAUAUGAAAUCGGCUCUGGGCUCGUCAUCAGGACUCGGCGUCGAGUCUCUUGCCUUCCUUCCUCAGAUGUUCCUUUCUGUGGUUGCUAUCCCUCUGCUUCUGGCAAAGAAGGAUUUGGCAAGCACAAUGCUGGCUCAAACGUUUGCUUUCGUCACAUUCAACAAAGUCUGCACAAGUCAGUACUUCUUGUGGUACAUGGUCUUCCUCCCAUUCUACCUACCAGACUCAUCACUUCUCCGCCAACCCAAGCGCGGGUACACCGCUCUUGCUCUUUGGGUGAUUGGACAGGCUCUGUGGCUGCAUCAAGGAUACGAGCUCGAAUUCCUCGGCCACUCGACCUUUGUCCCAGGACUGUGGCUAGCCAGUAUGGCUUUCUUCGGCAUAAACUGCUGGAUCCUGGGUAUCGUGGUGUCUGACAUCAACAACCAGCCCACCGAUCCUACCGCCCUCCGAAACAAGAAAGCUGCAUAAGCUCUCUCCCUUGUAUAUAGCAUAAUCUCUUUCCUCAAAAGCAUUGCAGCAUCUCUUUCAUCCAUCUUCGGCAUCCUCAAGCACACCUUCAUUAUCCGCCUGCGUACUGACC